CCCUAUUUUAUUUUUUUUUCCAUUAAACAAAUCAAUUCAAAGAUAAAUUCGCACUUCCCUUCUGAUUGCUAAACAUUGAUUACAGUCUCUAAUUUCUCACAACUUCAAUCUCCAUAAUCAAAUAUUAAGAACCCUAUGUCAACUAUUAAAAAGGAGAGGAUAGAGAAAGAAAAUCGGAAGAAUAGGGAAGACGAAAACUGGAAGAAAAGGGAAAAAACUGAAGGAAUCAUAUCACCACCCUUUAAUUUAAUCUAGGAUUUUUCCCCUUUUAUACAUUGAUUGAUCAAAAAUUCUAUCAACCCUAUGAUCGGAGAUUGUAACAAAACAGGGGUGGGAAUCACAAAUGCAGGAUCAAUAAUGGAGGAUUAAAUGAGAAAUCACAAAAAAAAAGGGUGGAAAUCAAGGGGAAAACAUAUGAGAUCAAGUCCGAAAAAGUUGAACAGAUCUCCAGAGGUCCGAUCUUACCUUGGGUUGUGUCGAUUUGACCUUAGGAUUUUCCGAGCUUCUUUAAUUGAACCCAAAUUCUGGGUUUGCAAACCCAAAUUCUUGUGUUCUCGUCUGGUUCAUUGGUGAAGAAUGGAUGAAAAUUGCAGAGGGAAAGGCUCUCUCGAUUGUUGAGAAUGAGGUACAGAACCCAAAUAUGAGGGUUUGGACGAACCUGGUGGAAAACCCCUACGUCUAUUUGGGUUCUUGUGGUGAACUUGCAAACUCGCCCAUGGUUGCUCAAACCGAGAAGGAGAGGAGAGAGAAUAUACCUUUGCCAAUGGAAGAACCAAAACUCACCUGAUUUCAUCGCACAGCACCGAAGCCAUGGAUGAUCCACCACCGUGAUGAUCCACCACUGUUGAGAUUGCACAAGUAUGGAGAACAACAUGAAAAAAGGAAAGCAGAGAGUGAAAAAGGAGGGGAAGAAUCAAAGGAGUCCUAGAAU